UUUUUUUUAGUUAUUACCUAUCCAGAUUUUUUGAAUGGGCUCGGGGCGUGGCCGAACACACAGGCAAGGCUCUCCAUCUUGCCGGUGUAGUAGCCCGAGCCAGACGACCAGACCUAACCACGCGACGCGAGUUCCAGACCUCCAGGGAGCCGAGGCUGCCGCCGCCGCCCGCCGGCGACUCCCCUGCAGUCCCCUGCUCGGCUGCUCCCCUCCCCUGACUCCGGCGCUCCCAUCCAGUCCCCUGCAGGCUGCAGCCCUGCUCGCCUGGCUCGCCUGCUCUGCUUCUCCAGCCGGGCGCGGGGCGCCGCGCGCCGGCUCUGCUCCGGCCCUGCUCCAUCCUCCAGUCCUGCCGGCCUCUCCCGCCUCCCGGUCUCCCCCGCGCAACUGCUGCCCCGACUGCAGCCGAGAAAUAAAAGAUGAAUAGAUUUUAUUCAUCGGUGGCCGCAACGGAAGUGUCUACACCCACAACUGAUCAAGGGGCUGCCUGAGAGGGCUGAAGUACUGCUAAUGAUUUGGUACUCUUUUUUUAUAACGUACCGUUUGUAGUUUUUAUCACGUACAUGAAGACACUGUUUAGUUGUAUCUUUAUAAGCAUUGAGUUUAAAUUUUAAA